UUGCCGUCAUUUAAAAAUAUUCAUACUCGAGGAUUCGCACAUGAAUUGUACAUAAGCUUCUGCGCUGGUUCGCGGUAAGAUCUACGUCCGUAGAUCGACAUCGUUUUUGUGGACUGUGUUCCGCUUAGGAUUUCAGUUACCCUUAACUCUGUCUGACUUGGUCACAAGUUAUUCCUGUGAUUUAAAGAGCGGAGAAUCGCCAAAGGAUAUAUUCGCCGGAAAUUUUUCGUGGGAUUGCGUUCGAUCGUCUGGUAAUACACAAGCGCCGAUUUGAAGUUUGAAGCGAAAUGGGAACUCAAGCUUUCUUUUCUCCCAGCGUCGCCUUGGACACUCUCUCGGCCGCGAGAUGUUUACUCGAUAUGUCAAAAAUUUUUCCAAAGAAACCUGCCCCAGUGUAUUCUGAAAACUCGUCGUCGUCGCCUCUGUUGAUGUUCGCAAAAAUCUUGGCUUCCAUGGAGGAGGAGUGCUUUAUGAUAGAGAAACAUUCUUGCCUUUCGGACUCUUCAAAGCAGACGUCGAACGUCAAGAUAGGACCCGGGUUCGGCGUACAUUUUAAGGAAACAGAGCGGGAAAAAUGCACGCUAGAUGUAACCCCGAAGGACAGUGCUAGCGUUACGCGACGCGAUAACGACGACACGCCCUCUGAGCCCAGUGAACUGAUCACGAAACCAAAACAAAAAACCCGGCGACGAAACGCACGGAGAAAGAGCGAGCAAGAGAAGAAAACUCACGUCUGUCAGUACCCUGGUUGUGAUAAAAAGUACGGCAAGAGUAGCCACCUGAAAGCGCACCUUCGCACGCACACGGGAGAACGUCCAUUUCACUGCACUUGGAUAGGUUGCGAAAAAAAGUUUGCUCGCUCCGACGAGCUCGCCCGUCAUUACCGCACACAUACGGGUGAGAAACGGUAUGUCUGUGGGAUCUGUAGCAAGCGUUUUAUGAGAAGCGAUCACCUUUCGAAGCACGCGAAAACACACGGAUUGAAGUCCCGCAAAGAACUAAACAGACCCACAAACCCAAUGUUCUUUUGAAACGGAACGCGUUGGUUGCGCGCUUGAAGGACAGCACGACAACUCAUCGCUGCCUUUGAAGGAGAGCCACGCGUGGGCUUGCGUGCUAACUUGACUGCUGCUCAGUUACGAGAACUGUGCAGUAACAAAUACAACCGCAGGGGACAUUUUACCAGAGUUUAAAAUAGAUCAAAAAAAAUUAUUAGAGCUUGUAGCUUCUUAAAUUACCCUUGUUCCCCCAGACUAGUAUUUACACACAUGAGAUCGCCCAGUGGUAUUGACAAUUGAUUUUAUAUAUUUUAUUAUAAUUUUUAUGAACAAGAAUACUCGGUGAUCGAGACGCACUUCACCAUCAAUUUUAAUCUUGAGCUUCACAGAAUUCAGGAAAUAAUUUUGUAGAUUGAAUAGGUGUUUGUUACACCCUUUUGUAAAUUAAAAAUAAUUUUUUUUCGUGAAAGGCAAAAUUUUUCAAUCAGGCUUUUAGCAU